UUCCUCCCUGGGAAGGCCAGGUCUCAAAGCGAAGACAGCUUAGCAGGCUCUUCCCAUGGCGGUCUUACUCUUCCUCCUUCUGUUCCUCUGUGGGCCACCACAGGCUGCUGCAGACGGCAUCCAGGCCAUCUACGUGGCCUUGGGGGAGGCAAUGGAGCUUCCGUGUCCUUCACCCCCCACCCAGUAUGGGGACGAACUCCUGUCUUGGUUCUACAGCCCUGCAGCAGGUUCUUCCACCAUUCUGGUGGCCCAAGUUCAAGUGGCCAAGUCAGGCCUAGAUCUUGGGAAAUCUGGAAGCGAAUCCAGGCUCAGACUUCUGGAAAACUAUUCUUUAUGGCUGGAGGGAUCCCAGGAUGGAGAUGCCGGGCGGUACUGGUGCACAGUGGUCGAUGAACAUCGCAAGUACCAGAACUGGAGGGUGUAUGAUGUCUCUGUGCUCAAAGGAUCCCAGUUCUCUGCAAAGGCCCCUGAUGGAUCCUCCUGUUCUAUUCUCCUCUGCUCUGUGGUCCCCGCCAGACGUCUGGACUCUGUGACCUGGCAGGAGGGGAAGGGUCCCGUGAGAGGACUUGUACGGUCCUUUCGGGGUGAUGGAGCUGCCCUGCUCUUGGUGUGUCCUUCAGAGGGGCUUCCUGGGCACAGGAGCCGGAGACCAAGAAUCAUUCGCUGUCUCUUGCCUCAGAACAAAGGAAUCAACUUUAGCCUGGCAGCCUCCACUGAUGUUUCUCCAAGCCUCUGUGUCUCUUCUUCAAGCUGGAAUGUGCCCUGGGUCCUCAUGCUGUCGUUCAUGGUGGGCCAAGGAUUCGCCAUCUUGGCCCUUGGCAUCAUGCUCUGUAAGCAGAGAGUCCAGGUGACUCGAGACAGAGUGGCCUCUAUCCCUCGCUUCAAACCUGAGAUCCAGGUGUAUGAGAACAUCCACUUGUCCCAUCUCAGGUGA